GAACGCGGACUCUCCUUCCCGUGGUGCAUCGGGCGCAGGCAAGGUAGGGGGGCCGGCAGGAGGCGCCUCCUGUCUGGCCGCGAAUGCCGCUGGCGGCGAACGACAACGACCAGGCCGUACCGGCCGGCCUGCGGCAGCGAAAAGCCCUCCGACUGGCAAGCGGCCCUGCGCCGACGCCCUCCGCAGCCCGGAGUCCCGGCUGGUUCUGGAGCCCGCUUGGCCUCGUCGUUUUCCUAAGCUUCGCAACCCGCUUCUAUCGCCUACGGGAGCCGCCACACAUCUGCUGGGAUGAAACACAUUUUGGAAAGAUGGGAAGCUAUUACAUUAACAGAACCUUUUUCUUUGAUGUCCAUCCACCUCUGGGGAAGAUGCUGAUAGGACUUGCCGGUUACCUGAGUGGCUAUGAUGGCACAUUCCCUUUCCAGAAGCCAGGGGACAAAUAUGAACAACAUAACUACAUAGGAAUGAGAGGGUUCUGUGCGUUCCUUGGUUCGUGCCUGGUCCCCUUCUCUUACCUCACAGUGCUGGAGUUGUCCAAAUCUCUGCCUGCAGCAAUGCUUACAGCUGCCAUUCUGAUUUUUGAUACAGGUUUCAUUACACUCUCUCAGUACAUUCUGCUAGACCCCAUUCUGAUGUUCUUCCUCAUGGGAGCUGUGUUCAGCAUGGUCAAGCAUAAUUCCUGUGCAAACAGACCCUUUUCUGCUCCCUGGUGGUUCUGGCUCUGUUUGACUGGGAUAAACCUUGCUGGUGCAAUAGGCGUGAAAUUUGUUGGCCUUUUUGUAGUACUCCUGGUUGGACUGAACACUGUUUGUGAUCUCUGGGAGCUGCUGGGAGACCUCAGUCUCUCACUGGUCACUCUGGGGAGGCACUUCCUGGCUCGUGUGCUCUGCCUCAUUAUGCUGCCCCUUGCUCUCUAUACUGCUAUGUUUGCUGUUCAUUUUGCAGUGCUAAAUAGAAGUGGGCCUGGUGAUGGUUUUUUCAGCUCUGGAUUUCAGUCUCGGCUGAUUGGAAACAACCUUCAUAACAUGUCUGUUCCAGAGUACUUGGCGUAUGGCUCUGUGAUAACAAUGAAAAACCUUCGUAUGGCAGGCGGAUACCUUCACUCACACUGGCACCUGUAUCCUGAGGGUGUGGGAGCACGGCAGCAGCAGGUCACUGCAUAUUUGCAUAAGGACUUGAAUAACUUGUGGAUUAUAAAGAAACACAACUUGAAAGCAGAUCAUUCAGACGCUUCCCUCCCUGUGGAGUUUGUAAGGCAUGGAGACGUUAUCCGUUUGGAACACAAAGAGACUUCUAGAAACCUGCACAGUCACCCUCAUGAAGCCCCCUUGACGAGAAAGCAUCUUCAGGUCACUGGGUAUGGCAUAAAUGGAACUGGAGACUGCAAUGAUUUCUGGCGAAUUGAGGUUGUGGGAAGAAAGACUGGGAAGCGUAUCAAAGUGCUACGUAGUCGGAUCAGGCUGAUUCAUGUGGCUACAGGUUGCCUCUUGGGUUCAACUGGGAAGACGUUGCCAAAAUGGGGCUGGGAGCAGGUAGAAGUCACCUGCACUCCAUAUCAGAAAGAGUCUCCUAAUUCUCUCUGGAAUGUUGAAGAUCACAUUAAUCCCAGGUUGCCCAAUAUCAGUUUGGAUGUUCUGAAACCUUCCUUUCCAGAGAUUCUACUGGAGUCUCACAUGGUUAUGAUCCGAGGGAACAGUGGCCUCAAACCAAAGGAGAAUGAAGUCACAUCCAAACCCUGGCACUGGCCUAUCAAUUACCAAGGCCUUCGUUUUUCUGGAGUCAAUGAAACAGACUACAGGGUUUAUUUGCUGGGAAAUCCGGUGAUCUGGUGGCUGAACCUAAUUACUCUGGGAUUGUAUAUCACAAUGGCAAUAUUCGUUUCUGUGGCCAUGAAGAGGGGAGUUCGGCUAAAAGCUGAGCACAAAGAGCUUUCUCGAGUCCUGCUACAUAGCGGAGGAAGGAUUAUGCUAGGAUGGGUCCUCCAUUACUUUCCUUUCUUCAUGAUGGGCAGAGUGCUCUAUUUUCAUCAUUACUUUCCUGCCAUGCUUUUCUCCUCAAUGUUGACAGGGAUUACAUGGGAUGUAUUUCUGAAAUUUUGUGCUGGUGCUCUGUCAGCCAGCAUUCAAUCUAGGAAGGUUUACAAUUAUGGGAUAAUGGUGCUGAUUCUGCUUAGUAUCUACAGAGUUUAGUGGACAGUGCAUCUUAUGUCAUCUAUUUGGUCCGACCCUCUAAUGUGUGUGAAAGAACUUUGAUCUGCCUUGCAAGUUUGCCACCGCCAAAACAAUUGAAUAUUUCAGGGUUCCUCAGUGGUAUAUCAAGUAGCUCUACACCUUAUACCUACUGCACCCAAUUAUGUGCUCUACUGUUGUGACGUUGGGUCUCUAGGAAUUUGAUUCAUGUUUAGAUC